CUCCGUCAGCGAGGACUAGUGGGAGCCCGGCUCGGAACUUCCGGCCGCGGUGCAUUGUGGGCGAGCCGUUGGAGGGAGAGGACAGGAGGAGAGAGGCUCAGCUAUGGCGGAUGUUGAGGAGCCGGAGAAGAAAAGAAGGAGGCUAGAGGAGCGGCGGCUAGCGGGAGAGAGGCAGAGAGAGAUGGGAAUGGCUGUUGAUGGUGGGUGUGGGGACAAUGGAGACUGGGAAGGUCGCUGGAACCAUGUAAAGAAGUUCCUCGAGCGAUCUGGACCUUUCACACACCCUGAUUUCGAGCCAGGCACUCAACCCCUUGACUUUCUCUUAAACACGUGUAAAGUUCUAGUUAUUGGAGCAGGAGGAUUAGGAUGUGAACUCCUCAAAAAUCUGGCAUUGUCUGGUUUUAGGCAGAUUCAUGUCAUUGACAUGGACACCAUUGAUGUAUCUAACCUGAAUAGGCAAUUUUUGUUUCGACCUAAAGAUGUUGGACGGCCAAAAGCAGAAGUUGCUGCUGAAUUUCUAAACAGCCGAAUUCCCAAUUGUGCUGUUGUACCACAUUACAAAAAAAUUCAGGAUCUAGACGACGCUUUCUAUAGACAAUUUCAUAUAAUUGUAUGUGGCUUGGAUUCAAUAAUUGCAAGAAGAUGGAUAAAUGGCAUGCUGAUUUCACUUUUAAACCAUGAAAAUGGGGUGUUGGAUCCAAGUUCCAUUAUACCUUUGAUUGAUGGAGGAACCGAAGGCUUUAAAGGAAAUGCUCGCGUGAUCAUUCCUGGCAUGACAGCUUGUAUUGAAUGUACACUUGAACUUUAUCCACCACAGGUAAAUUUUCCUAUGUGUACAAUUGCUUCAAUGCCUCGGCUACCAGAACAUUGCAUUGAAUAUGUCAGGAUACUGCAGUGGCCCAAGGAACAACCUUUUGGAGAAGGUGUUGCUUUAGAUGGAGAUGAUCCUGAGCACAUACAGUGGAUUUUUGAAAAGUCUUUAGAAAGGGCAGCACAGUUUAAUAUUAAAGGUCUUUCCUACAGGCUCACACAAGGGGUUGUAAAGCGGAUCAUUCCAGCUGUAGCUUCUACAAAUGCUGUCAUCGCAGCUGUAUGUGCCACUGAAGUCUUUAAAUUAGCCACAAGUGCAUACAUGCCUCUGAACAACUAUUUAGUAUUCAAUGAUGUAGAUGGACUGUACACAUACACGUUUGAAGCCGAAAAGAAGGAGAACUGUCUGGCUUGCAGUCAGCUCCCUCAAAACAUAGAAUUUUCUCCGUCAGCUAAACUUCAAGAAGUCUUGGAUUAUUUGACAAAUAGUGCUUCAUUACAAAUGAAAUCUCCUGCAAUAACAGCCACCAUGUAUGGAAAAAAUAAAACCCUUUAUAUACAGUCAGUAGCUUCUAUUGAAGAACGAACAAGACCGAACCUUUCAAAGACUUUAAAAGAGCUUGGACUUGUUGAUGGCCAAGAACUUGCAGUUGCAGAUGUCACUACACCACAGACUGUGCUCUUCAAACUUCAUUUUACUACUUGAUAUAAAUGCAAGUGUUGUAAACAUGCACUGAAAAAAAUCUUGCACACCUUGUAGAACUACCAUUGUGCACUAAGAGGAGGGAAGAUGAAACAGCCAGACCUUAUCCCUGUUAAUACAAGCAUUGAUGGAAGUUAGUUUAUCCAGGAUAAAUUGCUCUUAUUUUAGAACUGUCUUUGCAAACCAAUAUUUGGUUGAUGUUAUCUGUAUAAAAGCUCACUCAUGUACAGAAAUCUGAUGUGUAUAGCAAGCAAUAACUUUUUCAAUUUGUAAUCACUCUAAAAAAUGUCAAUACCCCUUUGUGCAUGUGGAAAUGUCAUGAUGGUCAAUGCAAUAGUUCUUGAAGCACCUAUGAAGUCUCUGAAUGUACAUAAAUAACAAAGAUUUUAAAUUACAUUUUAGUAUCUAUGUAACAGUUCUUAGACUGAGGCAUUGGGCUGGCUAAACCAAAGUUUAGUAUUACAAGAAUGAGCAUGGGUGAGCCUCAGGUUUGUGCUCCCGUUUCUUCUUUAGUUCAGCUCCAAGGAAGAGUUCAAAAGCUUUUGUUUCUGUUUGAGAUGAAUCACAAUUUACUGUGCUCUCCAAAAGCCGAAAAAUUGCAUUUAUCUGAAAUAUGGUUAGUGGAAAGCCAUAGUUUAUGAAGCUGACAAAUUUUCAUUUACCAUAGCUACAAUUAACGACUUUUUUGGAUUCAGAUGUACUAAACUAAUCUAAAACAAAAGCAGAAAGCUCUGAUCACUUACACACCCCAGAGAAAAGAGAGAACACAAGCUUGAGGUUUGCUGUGCUUUGUAUUCUAUUGCUAAGCCAUGGUUUUGCAUUACUUGUGAAGUGGACUUAUCAGACCGGGGGAAAUAUAUAUACAUGCCAAUUCUUUAUUUAAUAUGUCUUUAAGAAACUGUCAGAUAUUAAGGAUUGCCAAAAGUUAAUGUAUUUUUUUUCAAAAUUCGGAAAUAUUGUUCUUAAAUCACCACCUGUUGAUAAAAAUUAAAUACUUCAUUUGUAUAUUUGCAAGUAUUAGCGGCUACUAUGCAUGGUGUUGCCCACUAAUAUUCAGGGUUGAUGUUAGGAUAUUUAUUAAUAAAAAAUUAUAUAAACAUA